AUUGGGUAUGGUCUCGCGGGGUGAGAAUGCAAGAUGUCGGACGACGGAAACUUCGUACUCGACCCGUUCGAUUUCCUCAUCACACUUGAUGAGUCUCAAGUUCCAGCGGCCUCUCAGAUCUUGCCGCGGAUUCUUCUUCAACGCGAACUCACCCACCUUUUGGCUCAGCCAAAACUCCCUCCGCCCAAUCAGUUCGAAGUUCCAAGCUUGAAACCAAGUUCGCGCCCCAAACCAGCCAUGUCCUGACGACGAAGGAAAAAUGAUGAGAGAAAGAGCGAGGGAACAUAAGGAACAGCAAUGCCAUUAAUCACAAGACGUAAACCCUUACUCUUCCUCGCCACUGGCCUCUUUCUCUUCUUCCUCUUCUCAUUUCGACGGUUCGAACCCGUCCAACCCGACGGGCCGAGGCCUAAUGCAGGCAGUCAGCACCUAAUUCCUGGCGGCGGCGGCAGCGGCACCACCGGGUCCAAAUGGGCCCGCAUACAGCCCCGCUUCCCCGUGACGGACAUGCGCCCGCUGCCCACGGGACGCCCGCAGGCGCUUCCCAAGGUGCAGCACGAGUUCGCCCCGGAAUCCUCCGCGGAGCGCGAGGUGCGCCUCCGGCGACGCGAGGCAGUCAAGGCCGCCAUGCAGCGCUGCUGGGCGUCGUACCGCAAGCACGCCUGGCUGAGCGACGAGCUGACGCCCGUCACCGGCGGGCGGCGGGAUGUCUUUGGCGGGUGGGGCGCGACGCUCGUCGACAGCCUGGACACGCUCUGGAUCAUGGGCUUGCGCGACGAGUUUGACGAGGCCGUUGCCGCGGCGACUUCGCGCAUCGACUUUGACAAGGUCGCUGCGCAGGAUGUCAACGUCUUCGAGACAAAUAUCCGCUACCUCGGCGGGUUUCUCGCGGCGUACGACCUCAGCGGCGACGAGCGCCUGCUGGCAAAGGCACGCGAGGUCGGCGAGAUGCUCUAUGUUGCCUUUGACACCCCCAACAGGAUGCCCAUCACGCGCUGGAACGCGCGGGCCGCCGCCUGGGGAUCGAAGGCCCAGCUUGCGGAUGAGAAUGUGCUGUUGGCGGAGAUCGGUUCCUUUUCGCUCGAGUUUAUCCGCCUGUCGAUGCUGACGGGCGACCCCAAGUGGUUUGAUGCCGUGGAGUGCAUCACCGAGGCACUGCACGCGCAGCAGCACAAGUCCCGCCUACCGGGCAUGUGGCCUGUUAUCGUCAAUGCCAGAGGCAAAGAUUUUGGCGGGCACUUUGACUACACGCUCGGCGCCAUGGCGGAUUCGCUCUACGAGUACUUGCCAAAGACGUACGCUCUCGUCGGCGGCCUGCUACCCGCCUACCGGGAAAUGUACGAGGCGGCCAUGGACACGGCCAUCCGGCAUAACCUCUUCCGGCCCAUGUUGCCCGACGAGAAGGAUGUCCUCGUGUCCGGGUUGGUCACUGCCAGGACAGAGAACGGCAAGCUGACUACCCAUCUUCGGCCAGAAGGCCAACAUCUGGUGUGCUUUGCGGGUGGAAUGUUUGCCCUGGGCGGCAGGCUCGUCCAGAACGACACGCACGUCGAAAAGGGGGAGAAGCUGAUGGACGGGUGCGUGUGGGCUUACCAGGCGCUGCCCCUUGGCAUCAUGCCCGAAACCUUCUUCAUGGUGCCUUGCGAGUCUGCUUCCCAAUGUCCGUGGGAUGAGGUAAAAUGGAAACAGGCGGUGCUGAAAAAGGAGGGCUUAAAGUGGCAGACGACGGACACCACGCGGGCGGAUGAAAUCAUCAAAAACAAGCGCCUUCCCAAGGGUUUCGCUUCCAUUGGCGACCCACGGUAUAUUCUCCGGCCCGAGGCUAUUGAGAGCGUCUUUAUCCUGUACCGGAUCACAGGGCGCAAGGACCUCCCUGAAGCAGCGUGGAAGAUGUUUGAGGCGAUUGAAGGCAGCACCAAAACCCCGCUGGCGAACUCGGCGCUUGAGGAUAUUACAGUCACGGACGGGAAGCCGGUCAUGACGGACACGAUGGAGAGCUUUUGGCUGGGAGAGACGCUCAAGUAUUUUUACCUAAUGUUCAGCGAGCCGGACCUGGUGAGCCUGGAUGAGUAUGUGUUUAACACGGAGGCGCAUCCGCUCAAGAGGCUGCUUCCGAAAGAGAAUGCGUGAGGAUGGUGUCAGAAGUUGGAUACCAUUGAGACACGGCCGGCCCGUGUUACGGACUGGUUGUACAUACGACUCUCUGGCUGGCAUUUUGGUCGGAUCCCUGGCGGAGAUACCCGAGUCGUGCCGGGUCGGAACGGACCCAGCCAGCCAGCGGGGCUACUGCUUUCGGAAGUUCCGACAUCGCAUCGCUCGGAAAUCCGGUCAGUUUGUCAACGCAUUUCUGUAUCGUAGUUCCGGAGAAGACAGGUACAAACAGAGACUUUGGAUAGAGAAGGGAAAUUUAUUCGCA